AUGUUUUCGAAGUUAAGAGGUAAAGAUUCUAAGGCCGAGACCAAGAAAGAUCAGAAAGAUUUAGGGGAAAAGUUAUACCUUCCAUUAAGCAAACCUUCGUCUAAAUGUACGAUUCCUAAAGCAGCCGAGCUUGAUGGUGAUCAACAAGAAAAAUAUGAAAAAGUAUUGAAGCAUUUUCAGCAGGAGGACUUGAAAAUUGCUGCAAGUGAAGCUAAUCAUAAGGACAAGGAUACUUCCAAGUACCAAAGGUUGAGCGAGUCGGAGAAGGCCUGGUUAACCAGGGAGUGUUUUCUCCGGUACUUGCGGGCCACUAAAUGGCACUACGAAGAAGCUAUCAGCAGAAUAGAGCUUACUAUUGCAUGGAGACGUGAGUUUGGUAUUGCUGGGUGUUACGACUCGGAUAACGAAGUGAAUGGUAAAUUGUGUUCUCCAGAAAACGAAACCGGGAAGGAAGUUAUCUUGGGGUACGAUAACGAUACUAGACCGUGCUUAUAUUUAAAACCGGGUCGUCAAAAUACAAAAACAUCAUUGAGACAAGUACAGCAUUUGGUAUACAUGUUAGAAAGAGUUAUAGAUUACAUGCCAUCGGGCCAAGACUCGUUGGCCUUGUUGAUUGAUUUCAAGGCCUCUCCUAUUGGUACCGAAGGAGGAAAGAUUCCACCAGUAGGAACUGGGAGACAGGUGUUGCAUAUCUUACAAACGCAUUAUCCAGAAAGAUUGGGUAAGGCAUUGUUGACCAAUAUCCCAUGGUUAGGAUGGACAUUUUUGAAGAUUAUCCACCCAUUUAUUGAUCCAUUGACUAGAGAAAAAUUGGUUUUCGAUCAGCCAUUCCCAAAUUACGUUCCAAUAGAACAAUUGGAUAAAGACUUCGGGGGUGAUCUUAAUUUCGAAUAUAAUCAUGAGAAGUAUUGGCCUGAAAUGAUUAAAAUUGCCGAAAGUAAUAAGCAAAAGUACAUGAAGAGGUUCGAGAAUUUUGGUUCAGUGGUCGGUUUAUCAGAAUACGAUUUAAGAGGCGAAGGCGAAGAAUUGGUUUAUCCAGUUUCUUAA